UCUACUUAAUCACACAUCUGUAUCAAUCCUUGAAGUGUACAUCAUUCUGCAUCUAUAUCUGUAUAUUGGUUCACAUGUUCGUGGAGUAAAAUGUUAUCAAUCCUACAAACAGUCAGUGUAGUGACAUCCGUGUUGAUAUCCGCAGUCAUGGGCGACUUCAGCUGCAUUUGCAACUACGAUGUAGAAAAGCCAGUGUAUGGACAGAUGUCAGCAUCGUCUACUCCGAUCGGCUACCUCUACGAGUUUGAUUGUAAACCUGAAGGCUUAGAGACGGGUAACACCGCCUGGUUUUCAAUCCAAUACGAAGGACAGUACGGAUAUCUCGAGGCAGGUCCAAACGCCAUGAAGCAAGUGUGCCCAGGGGUUCCGCCGGACUCUGACACAGUUAGAACCACAACGAAACCAACUACAGUCAUAUCAACUAAAACACCAACGUCCACUACGGUAAUAGCACAAUCAACAUCAACAACACCAAGAAUACCAACACUGACGUCAUCCACAAUUACACCAGCUACAAGCACAACUACUAGGUCAACUACAACGACUACUACAUCAACUUCCACUAAACCAACGACAACUACCACACCAACCCCGAAACCAACAACUUCAAAGGCCACUACAAGAUCGACAACUACAAUACCAACGACAACAUCAACCACUACUACACCUUUUACAACAUCAACAAGCGCGAUACAAACUACAACAUCAACUAAACCACCUACGACAAUAUCAACAACAAGUAGACCGACACCGACAACUACAUGGUCAAAUACACCACCAGAAACUACACGGCAAACAACUUCUGGACCACAAACAGUAUUCGAUGGAUGCGGGUCAUUCCGUCCAAUCGCUAAUUCCAACGAGCCAGGAGUUUUAUUUACAAUCCUCGCCUCGGCAAAUACGUGCUAUGAGUUCGUGUCCUUUCCACAGCACAGCUGGCGUUCGGCAGAAAGCCAUUGUACGGCAAAUAAUGGUCAUUUGGUUCAUAUUGCCAACAAACAGGAGCAAGAUGGAAUUUAUUCCUUUGUGCAUAGCAAGGGCGGUCAUGGCGUGUGGAUUGGUUUGAAUGAUAUUAUCAUUGAAGAGAUAUUUACCUGGGUCUCAGGUGACCCUGUUACAAUAACAAACUGGCAGAAUGGCAGGUUUGCUGCUUUUGGUCAUAACACAGAGGAUUGUGUAGUUUUGACCGACCAAACACACAAUGGGACCUGGGACGAUAGGCCAUGUAGCGAGUUUCAUAGUUUUGUGUGCGAAUACGUUACUGGUACCAAGACAUCCGCAUCAACAACAAUGUCAUCAACGAGGUCUCGAACAACCUUUUUAACGAGUAUGGCUUCGCACUCGGGAGCUUAUACCGUUAUGUAUGGAUGUACCAAUAAGGCAAACGUCGCCGGCGAUUACGAACCAGGGACGAGGUUUACCGUUGACAACCGUUGCUACGAGCUUGUCCGUACAGCUCACACUUGGAGAGUGGCUGAAAAUCACUGUGUAAACAAGGGAGGUCACUUGGCUAGUAUUGACAACACGCGGCAACAAAAUGGCGUUUACCAAGUUGUUAAAGGUUCAAGUUUGGGGAACGUCUGGAUCGGACUGCACGACCAUGAUAUUGACGGGAAUUACUCGUGGAUCUCAGGUUCAGUGGCCGGCUUUACACACUUCAGCUCAGCAAAUAGCAGUUUCCAAAACAGCAAGGAUAAGGAUUGUGUGUCCUUAGAAGGUGCAACUGGACUUUGGCUUCACUUACUUUGUUCUGAGGCACACCCGUAUCUGUGUGAAAUAGAAAGUAACAGUGCCACCACUCGACCAACAACUGUGGUACCUGUAUGGCAUUCUACUACACAGCACACUACUCAGUACACUGAUGGUGACACAACCUUAUGUCCGUUUGAUGUACGACGCGAAGCUCAGCAGUUCGGAACACCUCUGGCCCAACGUGAUAGUCGUUGCUACGAGAUCAUUACACGUUCGGUCACUUGGGCGUAUGGAGAAACGCUCUGCAAAGUGAAAGGAGGCCAUUUGGCAGACAUUCUGAACGCUGAGGAGCAGGAUUACAUUGUAUCCUUCAUCACUCGCCAUGGAUCACCGGAUGUGUGGAUAGGCCUCAACGACAUACACGCGGAAGGAGUUCGUGAAUGGACAUCAGGUAAUCCCGUCACAUACACGCACUGGCAGUCGGAUCACGUUGGCAACGUUGCUAACCCCGGUCUUGAGGACUGUGUGCUUAUGCGCAGUUCAAUGCACGGGGCCUGGGAUGAUGUCCCGUGUGAAAGCUAUUUCGCCUGGGGAGGGGCGACGGUGCAAAAACACAACUUUCUCUGUGAAUAUGGUACCAUCAUUGCUGGUCAUAUGCCGGAUCCGAUCGGGUGAAUCAGUGUGUCAACAUGUUCCGUUUUUGUUUAUAGAUACUUGUGAUGAUGCGUGCGUUUUUGACAAACAUCAAAUUACAACAACUUUAUCACUGACACUGUUAAGAUACACGUGCUUCUUUUACGACUUCGUAUCUCAUUGUUCAAGCAGUGUAUGAUGAUGAUAGUUAAAUGUAAAUGCAUAAGACGUAUUAAAAACAGAUCCGAACUAACUGGUAUACCCCCAGCUGAACAACCUUUUUUAUACCAUGUCAUUUUGUACAAAAGGGGAAUAAUCGGUUUGAAAAGA